CCCCGGACCUCUCAGAGGGGAGCAUCAUUGUUACGACGGGUCGCUGGGAUGGGAACGACAAAACCCAUCCCCCGCCGCCGUGCAGGCAAACGGCUGGGGAACCUGGGCUUACCCGCCGAGAUCCCAGAGAAUUGGGACACGGCGGCAUUUAACAAAGACAUAUCAGAGCUGGCCAACGGUUGUGUCGAUCACUCAGCAGCACAUCGACCAGCUAUGACGUACAAUGCGCCGUGGAGACCCAUUCACAAGUCUCGGGCUCCCAGCCACCGCCGCGCCGCGCCGGCCCUGGGCCCUCUCGGGGGAGUUGCAUUGUCAGCGAGGGCCAUCGACGGCGCUGACACGCUCCGCGCGCCACGCCGUCCGCGGGGAAAGGGGCAACCGAGCCCCGUGGACAUGAACGCGGCGGUGGCGGCGGCGAAAUGGCGACCGGAAAAUUAG